AUCCCUCACCCUUCCUUCAUUUCUCUUCAUCGCCAUCUCUUCUUCUUCUUCUUCUUCUUCUUCUUCUUCUUCUGCAAAUGUCUCUAAUCUCAGAAACUUCGCCAAAACACUGCGCAAAGAAAGGGCUUAGCAUCGAGAAACGCCACAAGAAACUCUUCUUCACGUUCUCCACGCUCUUCACCACUCUCCUCUUCAUCAUCUUCCUCCUCUGGCUCACCCUUCACCCCACUAAACCUAACUUCUCCCUCACGCAAGCCGAUAUUUACCAACUCAACCUCUCCGCACCCACUCACCUCCUCAACUCCUCCAUCCAACUCACCCUCUUCUCCAAGAACCCCAACAAAAAAGUCGGCAUUUACUACGACAGGUUACUCGUUUACGCUGCAUACAGAGGGCAGCAGAUAACGCCCGAGACUUUGCUACCGCCGUUCUACCAAUCCCACGAAGAGAGCAAUCUUCUGACAGCGUUUCUUGAAGGGAAUGGACUCCCUGUUGCACCGUCUUUCGGUUACCAGGUCGGUCAUGAUCGGACAAACGGUAAGUUAGUAAUGGGUCUGAAGUUGGACGGGAAGCUAAGGUGGAGAGUUGGGACUUGGGUUUCUGGUGCGUAUCGUUUCAACGUGGACUGCGUUGCACUCGUGGCUUUUGGACCGUACAUUUCUACUGCUCCAUUGGCUUCGAUUCAAGGAACUCGGUGUUCGACAACUAUAUAAAGAUAGAUUCCUCAAAACAAGACAUAUACAGGGUUCAUGUCUGUAGUGAAUCUAGUGAUACCGUAUGUAGGGUUUAUGUACUGAAUUAGUAGUAAAUCUUGUACAGAAAGAUUAUAGGUGUCCAUACGAGACUGGAAGUUACCAUCUUUAAGCCAAAAAGGCAAUAAGAAGAAGAUCAGAAGCCUUUGGAUAUUUAUCUUUUCUCUGAAUGUGGUCAUUGAAAAAAGAUUAAGGUGAGAUUAACUGAUAGAAACGAGAUGAGGUCCAAGCAGGAAAAGGCGGGAGAAAAGAGAGAUCUUUUCCAUGUAAGAAAAAGAAAGAUUCCAUGUUUCGCAGAUACGAGGAAGCAAUAUGCGACAUUACUCUAAGCGAACAUCCGUGAAGAUUGUGUGUAUUGCCAGAAGAACUUUCUGCGUCAGAGACAAUAUAAGACCAAAGGAUCAGACGCAUGUUCAAGAUCUUGAUGGAUAUCCUCUGCGUUUUUUUAAAGACUUUCGUGGAGAAAAAAGCUUGGUGAUUCAGAUGCCCUGCUGUAUAAUAACACUUAUCAAGCCCGUUCACGGUUCGAACC